AUGUUCAUGUUGCUUGCGUUUGGAUUGCUACUGCAAGAAAUUCUGGCUAAUUCCCAAGCUGAAAACCUUACUGAAUUCAAAAACAUUCAAGAAGAGCCAUUAUAUAACUACAAAGCUAUCAACUUGCCAGAUGAGCAUAUACCAUACUUUCUGCACAAUAAUCAGCAUAUUGCUGGCAUCUGUAAGCAGGACUCUCAUUGCCCGUAUAAAGUAGGUUUUUAUUCUGUGUUACAGAAAUACUUGAAGAAACUAAAAUCCUGCUGGGGUUAUGAGAAAUCUUGCAAAUCAGAUUACAGGUUCAGUUACCCAGUGUGUGAUUAUGUUGAAACUGGAUGGGCAAAUGACAUUGAGACAGCCCAGCAGAUAUUCUGGAAACAAGCUGACUUUGGUUACAUUCGUGAGAGGCUCAGUGAAAUGAAAACCCAUUGUAAGCCUGCAGCCACAGGAGAUUCAUCUCUGACCUGUUCUAAGUACCUUCAGCAUUGCAGAGCAACAAACUUGUACAUUGAUUUACGAACUGUGAAGAGAAACCACGACAGAUUCAAAGAAGACUUUUUCCAGAAGGGAGAAAUUGGAGGUCAUUGCACCCUCGACGUUCAAGCAUUUUUGGCUGAAGGUCAACGCAAGAGCCCUCUCCAAUCUUGGUUUGCAGAACUCCAAACAUUUACUGCAUUGAACUUCAGGCCCCUAGAAGAUGAGAAGUGUGACAUUGUUAUUGAAAAGCCAACAUACUUCAUGAAAUUAGAUGCAGGUGUUAAUAUGUACCAUCACUUCUGUGAUUUCGUCAAUCUUUAUAUUACACAGCAUAUCAAUAAUUCCUUCAGUACUGAUGUCAACAUAGUCAUGUGGGACACUAGCUCGUAUGGCUAUGGUGACCUGUUCAGUGAGACAUGGAAGGCAUUUACUAACUAUGAAGUAAUACACUUGAAAACCUUUGACUCUAAAAGGGUAUGCUUUAAAGAAGCAGUCUUCUCAUUACUGCCUCGAAUGCGAUAUGGCUUGUUUUAUAACACACCGUUGAUCUCUGGCUGUCACGGUACAGGGCUAUUUAGAGCAUUUUCUCAGCAUGUGUUACACAGAUUAAAUAUCACACAAGAAGGACCCAAGGAUGGGAAAAUUCGAGUCACAAUACUUGCACGCAGUACAGAUUACCGGAAAAUAUUAAACCAGAAUGAGCUUGUGAAUGCUUUGAAAACAGUAUCAACAUUGGAGGUCAAAGUGGUAGACUACAAAUACAGGGAACUUGAAUUUUCAGAGCAAUUGAGAAUUACCCACAACUCUGAUAUAUUCAUUGGGAUGCAUGGAGCUGGACUUACCCAUUUGCUCUUUCUACCAGACUGGGCCGUUGUUUUUGAACUGUACAAUUGUGAAGAUGAACGUUGUUACCUGGAUUUGGCAAGGCUGAGAGGCAUUCAGUACAUCACUUGGCGAAAAAGGAAUAAAGUAUUCCCUCAAGAUCAGGGACACCACCCAACACUGGGAGAACAUCCAAAAUUUACGAACUACUCCUUUGAUGUGGAAGAAUUUAUGUACUUGGUGCUUCUGGCUGCAAAUCACGUUUCACAGCAUUCCAAGUGGCCAUUUAGGGUAAAACAUGAUGAAUUCUAA